UUGCAUACGGCAGCGUCGACGUCUUUCCUACGUAGGAAAGACGUUAUCAGGUACCAGGUACUCCCGUCCGCACAUGUCGGAGCGUGUGGAGCAUUUGUCGAACCUGGAUCCGUAGUUUCCUGUGAUUCCGCUAUAACGUCUCCGCCUUAUCGCAAAAUUCUGCGUGCACUAGCCAGUGCACUGCCCCCGCCAGAGCGUUGGAGUCAUUGCGGAAAUCACUUGAUUAAACGGAGCCUGUUCAAAAUGCCCGUGUUAUCAUCACACGAUCCAGAGAAGAAGUUCCUCUACUUCGCUUUUGGAAGUAAUCUGUUGCGGGAGCGUCUGCAUUUGAGUUGCCCUAGCGCCACAAGACUUAGUCCUGGCCGACUGUUUGGUUAUCGUUUGACGUUUAACUACAACAGUCUCCGAUGGCGAGGACAUGUCGCCACUAUUCGCGAAGGCGAUCAUGAUUCGCUGUGGGGUUGUAUCUGGAUCAUUGAUAACGAAGAACUAGAAGCACUUCACAGACAAGAGGGAGUACAUCAAGGACUGUACCGACCACUCAGUGUGGAUGUUACGACACCGGAAGGGAUGACACUUCCAGUCCUGACGUACCAGAUGACUUUGCCGUAUGAAGACAAUCCUCUGCCAUCGUGCGUGUAUAAAAAGGUUAUGUUGCAUGGAGCGCGGGAAAGCAGUCUUCCUGCUGAAUACAUCGAAAAUAUGAAAGCUCUGCCAGAUAACGGUUACGAUGGACCGGUGGAAGUGCAGUGCAGUUUGCUGUACCGGCAAGACACUGCGGAACCGCAGUCGCAUAUGAAAGUAAACCACGUUCAAAUGGCAGAAGGUGCUUUAGGACCUCAGAAUGAACCGGUUAAUGCGGUUGAACUGACAGUCAGUGUAAGCUAAUUCUCCGGUUCACUAUACGAUUUCCGAAAGGUCUCCAGUGUCCUACGUGGCGAUACCUCCUAGUGCGGUUUGGCAUCAUGACUCCAUUUGGCUGCUUACUUGCUUAGGCCGAAACUUCCGGUUUGGAAUUUUUGGUUGCUUCUGCUGAGUGCAUGGUGACUGUCGCCUAACUCCUCAUUCAGGGUGCUACCGGUGCGAAGUUAAAACGGUUUAAUAAUUAUCUAGAAAUAGAAUUUUAAUUUUAUAGAGCCUAUGUGGCGCGAUUUAAAAUUCGGAAUUGAAGAGUUGUGAACGGCUUGUUGGAAUCUUUCAUGUCUUUUCUCUGAUUUGGUGAAAGAUUGUCUUCUCUGUUUUUGAUCUUUUCCAAUACAUAUUUGUGUUGUAUGAGUACUCUCCUCGUUUGUAGUGCGGUCUUUGGUUUGUUUUUUCAUUCUUUUCUUCAUGACAUAACCGACAUUAAGUUCAGUACUGCAUAUGGAAGAAGUAAACAAAUGACAUGAAUCGG